GUUAGUGUAGUAUGCACCUUAAAGGCUUAAACGCUAGCCGUUGAAAAGGAGAAGACAAAGUCUCGAUUUUUUUUCCGAUACUUUAACGGCCAGAUUUAAAGAUAUGAGCAAGAAAAAUCUGGCGAUUCUGUUGCGUGCUAGAAUGAGAUCCAACAAUCCCUCCACCAAGUUCUCCCUCUCUCACUUUCCUAAGGAGAUUCAAUCUAAUUCUCAAGAGAAUCAUUCUAAUGAAGGAAUUGGGAACUCUAGUAAGUUUGGUACCACAGGAAGGGUAUACGAUGUAGUUCGAGAAACAAUGCACUCUGCUAUCUCAGCUAGCAAAACCGGUGUAUUAGACAUUACUCUUAGUGAUUUUCAAGAGGGUUACUUUAACCUUUCUCUUGAAGACCGUGGGAAAUUACUUCUUGUAUUAGCCAAAGAAUACGAUGUUAACCGGGAGCAAGUCCGAGAACUCGUUAAGCAAUAUCUCGGACUUGAAAAUCCAGCUAGUGAUGAUGAUAGUAAGGAAGCUUUAUCUUCUGUUUUCUAUCGCACUGAACGGAAUCUGAGGCAAUCUCUUAGGCCAACAUAUGAAGUUCUCUUUGAGAGGUUGAAUACACAUCCAGGAGGGUUGAGAUUUUUGUCUAUACUCCGUGCUGAUCUUCUAUCAAUACUCACAAAAGAAAACACGCCAUCUCUCCGAUCAUUAGAUACCUUUUUGAAGGAGAAACUUGGUAUGUGGCUUAGUCCUGCUUCUUUAGAGCUUCAUCAAAUUACUUGGGAUGAUCCUGCUUCAUUGCUUGAGAAAAUUGUCGCAUACGAGGCGGUGCAUCCUAUCAGCAACCUCUUGGAUCUUAAGAGAAGACUGGGAACAGGCCGUCGAUGCUUUGGAUAUUUCCAUCCAUCUAUUCCUGGUGAGCCACUUAUUUUUAUUGAAGUUGCUCUCAUGGAAACUGUUGCUCAAACAAUUCAGGAAGUUUUAUGGGACAAUCCUCCCAUACCAGAAAACCAAGCAACAAGUGCUUUAUUUUACUCAAUUUCUUCAACUCAGCCUGGCUUAGCUGGGAUAAACCUUGGAAAAUUUCUGAUCAAACGAGUGAUUACAUUGGUGAAAAAAGACAUGCCACAUGUUUCUACAUUUGCAACACUUAGCCCCAUUCCUGGAUUCAUGCAAUGGCUCCUCUCAAAGUUAUCGUCUCAAUCAAGAUUUGCUGAAGGGGAGCGUGAUACACAGAGCAAUUCGCCUUCAUCUACUUUUAGCGAGAAAGUAUUACUACCAGAAGAGGAACAAGCCCUGAUGAGUCUAUCAGAUGAUUCUUCUUCAGGUAGCAACGGCAUGGAAGUUCUAUUGAAUUUGCUAUCAGUAAAGAACUGUGAUUGGCCUACUUCACCUCGUAUAUUGCCAGUUUUAGAACCUAUUCUUAUGCGGUUAUGUGCUAGGUACCUUUUGCAAGAGAAGAAGAGAGGAAAAGCUUUAGACUCUGUUGCUAAUUUCCACUUGCAAAAUGGAGCGAUGGUUGAAAGAAUAAAUUGGAUGGCGGAUCGAUCAGAGAAAGGUAUUCAUCAAAGUGGAGGCAUUAUGGUUAACUAUGUCUAUAGGUUAGAGAAUAUUGAAGACUAUGCUCAAUCGUAUUUUGGGUCAGGAAAAAUCCAUGCCUCUCCCGGUAUCCAUUCCCGUCUCUAGGUAACUCCGCAAAGAAAACUGAUCAAUGUGAUUCUCGAUUUGGUCGUUCUCAAAAGACAAAGGGUCUAGGAUUAGGCCUGAGAUUAACAUAAGCACAAAUGCACCAUGGUGUAUGUAUGUACAAACGGUUAUAAGUGUGUAUACUCUCGAGAUAUAUGUGAAUGUGUUUCGAACA